CAUAGCUCAGUGGUGGUGAGUUUGCUUGGAUUUGAGAUGUUCCCAGGAGACCUCUUGAUAUCAGACAGUGCAGCAGAAUUCCUACGCCAUUCAGCAUCACUGCAAAGUUCAGAAUCCAAAAAGUCCUGGUGGCCAUUUGCUAAAAAAGGAACUGAUAAAGAGAAACACAAACAAAUAUCAGACCUCGGAAACUGCCUUUCCACUGUAACUAUCAAUAUAUCAGAGUGUCAUGGGUAUGAAUUUCAUAGUGCUAAGGAUAAGGCCUGGCAUGAAAUCAUGGAGAUGCAUCAAGUUGAGCAAAAAGCCACUGAUGAUCAAUUAGACACAAAGAAAAAAGAAGCAUUCUGGGAGCUUUUCACAACCGAAUGCACGUAUUUCCUUGAUCACCUACUGGUUCUCAAAGUGGUGAGCCUCAACUUCGUGACCAGGUUCUUUAGUGCUAUAAAGGAUCAUCUUGUCAAGCCUAUGUCCUCCAUAGAUUUCAUCUCUGUGCUUGAAGAGUGUUUCCAAGGGAACUUGUGUCAGAGUCACCAGAUCUACUGCCUGAAUUACACAUCUGCUGUCUUUUACUUGGAAAAACUGAAGAAAAGAGAAGACUUUGGAAUCUAUUUGAAAUGGUGUGAACAGAACGAACUGUGCAAACGACGCCAUCUGUCAGAACUGCUGGUUGCACCUUUACACAAAUUGACCCGCUAUCCUCUCCUCUUGAAGAAUAUCUGGAAAAGUACUGAUGCAGCAGAGAAAGAGAUCAUCAGUUCAAUUAAGGAAAAGGUGGAAAAAUCUAUAAGGGAUUUGGAAGGGAAAGUGAAGUGGCUAGAUAAUUUCCAGAAAUUUAAACAGCUUCAGGAAAUCAUAAUUUGGCCUCCACUUUGGGAUCAAGACAAAAGAUAUUUUGUUCCUGAGUGUCUCAAGCACAUACUAAGGGACAACCAAACUGAAAACAUCUUGUCACCUACAAAGAGAUACCUUCUUCAUGAGGGAAGACUUACUCUUGCAGAACACAUAAGACUCACUGAGGUCUACCUGUUUUUGUUUGAUGAUUUGCUACUGAUUACAAAACCUAGCCGCCAGAAGAAGAAAGCUGGGGGUUCUGACAUGAGGUUAAUACCUGUCUGCCCUUUCCUCAAACCUGAGUUGCAGUCUCUGGUUGAAGACAGCACUUCUUGCACAGUGCUUGAUCAACCUAUUCCAUUAGACAGAAUAAUACUAAAAAAUAUUGAUCCAUUCCAUGUAACAGUUUUUGGACAGCGAAAUGCUUUCCUAAUACAGCAUGAAAACAGGUAUCAACAGUGUAUAGCAGCAUUCUUAUUACAAGCACAGACUGAGUCUGCCAAGAAAACAUGGAUGUUGCAGAUGGAGACUGCAAUCUCAGCUUAUACAAAGAGACACCUAUCCCCCCAAACCUCAUGUUUCACUUCACCUACUGAAUCAUCUGAAAUUUAAUUGUGGUCAGUUGUGAACUGGGCAUUGUAACAAAUUUCCUUUUUUUAAAAAAGUGAACUUUUUAAAUGUUUGUGCACAUUUCUGAGCCAGGAAAGGUGAAACUCCAGGAGUCUAUUCUGGCUAAAGCAGAGUUCAGAAAAGAAAAAUGACCACUAGGAUGGUCACACAAUGCUAGUAUGCCUUUUAGUUCAUCAAAGAGGGAGCUUCCAAGUAUCAUGCUCUAGUUGUGCUGUUUCAUGUCAAGACGAGGAGAAAAUAAUUUGAAAGAGAUACGGCAGACAAAAAGAAAAAUCAAGUAUCAAUAAAUCAACACCCUUCAAACUGCCUUCAUAACUUAUUCUGCAGUCAUGAAGAAGCCUGCCCCAAGUAUAUUGCUAGCUAAACACAAAAAAGUUGGUUCUUGACAGAAUUCCAAACUACCAAAGGAGAAAAAUCACCACCUGCAUUUUUCCCCCUUCCUUCAAAAUGGCACUCCUUGGAUUAGGUUGGCACCCAAAAGUUCGUUUUCUUUUGGCCAAAGUGACAAUUUUUUCUGAAGUGCAAUUACUUUCCUCACCUCAUGGUGAGAUUUGGGAAGGAAUCUCAUCUGCACACUGAGACAGCUGCUUACCACAUCCUGAAAGACAUCUGAGAAUGUGUCUAAGCCAGGAUGGGAAAUGUAAUUUGCAUGCUCCAAUCAGAGAUGAGAAGACUACAUCAAACAUGCUGAAACUGCAAGGAGAAAGAAGCUUGAAUUGACACCAUCACAUUAAAGUGUUUGUACAAAUUGGCUCUGAGACCUAACAGAAUCAAAGCUUUCACUAAAACCUUUUUAAAAUGUUCAUUCUGGGGAAGCUUUGAAAGCCAUUUAAAAUGCAGCAGAAGGGCUGCUAUUAAAGUAAAAGAAUGCAGUUGUGCCUUUCUACACGAGGGGUGGGGGUUGCUGGAUCACAGCCUAUAACAAUCCAUCAGACACACCUGCUGUUUUUAACAAUUAAUGUUACAUUGAGCAGUGAGAGGAUGCUGCAAAAACAAAAACAGAGAGGCUGAUUGAAACAUGCGGGAGGGGUUGGUGCUCCUCAGAUCUGUAGUAUAAUCAUGAGAAAUCUGCAUAUGCAACCAGGAAGGACAUAGGAAGCUGCCUUUUACCAAGACAGGCCGCUGGUCCAUCUAGCUCAGUAUUAUCUCUACACUGACUGGCAGCAGCAAUCCAAGGUUUCAGGUAGGAGCCCUUCCCAGUCCCUGGCCCUACCUGGAGAUGGCAGGGACUGAACCUGGGCCUUCUGCAUGCAAAGCUGAUCUCCUGCCACUGAGCUGUGGCUCAGAUUAGCUCCCCACAGUGGUUUGCUAGAUCACAGAGUAAUAUCCUUAAUGGUGCUGCAGUUCCCUGGGGUUGUCAACACUGGCAGGGAUACUUCCCACAUAAUCUGGCCAGUUCACCGGGGGUGGGGGGGUGCGACUCUUCCAGCAGCAGCAAUAUUGCUUUCAGGCUAAAAAAAACUGCUGAAUGAAGCAUGAUGGCACUGAUAUCAACAGCCAUUGGAGGUGACCCACAUUUAUUGUUAUCAGGACUGGACUGGCCAGGGAAAACAUGCUUCUUAAGUUUGACCACAAUCAGAAUUUGCAGAUGAAUACAACCAGGAAGUCAAUAUAGUGAGGUAGCUUUCUGCAUCUU